AUGGGUUCAUCAAUGACAAAUCUUCAUUCACCACGCAUAAUUCGUCUUAAAACCGGAGAUCGACAUAAUAAUGGGAUUUAUGGUUAUAGGAGCUCUGUGGUCAUUGCACUAAAACUUAGUCGUUGA